AUGUCAGAAGAACGAUACUUGGAAGACCCGGCGUACAUCAAUCUUGUGGAUGGUGAGCAGGAGAUAGAAAAUCGGGCGUCGUCAACAUUGCCGGACGAUGACGCGCCACAAGCAGGAACCCGGGCCGACAAGUCGCUCGCGCUGCUCACCAAGCGCUUCGUCAAGCUUUUACAAGAGUCGCCGGAUGGCAUGCUGGAUUUGAACGAGGCCGCCGAACGCUUGAACGUCUCGCAAAAACGCCGCCUCUACGACAUCACCAACGUUUUUGAGGGCGUCGGCCUCAUCGAGAAGCGAACGAAAAACGUCGUUGAGUGGAAAGGAGGCGAUUUGGAGAAGAACGCGAACGCCAAGCUGACGCCCGCCCAAGAAAAGGAGCUUGCACAAUUGAAAAGAGAUUGCGCCAGGCUCGAUGAAGAAGAAGCCGAGCUCGAUAAGCAGAUACGAUGGUUGCGGCAGGGCCUGAAGAACGUGGUGGAAGACCGGAGCCCGGAUUCAAAAAUGAAGGUCCCGAUAUCGGUGCUCGAGGCGCUUUACCCGAAAAGGAACUUCUUCCGCAUCCGCGCCGCCCCUUGCACUGAAAUCCAAGUGCUCCAAUCGCGACCCGGGUCGAAUCCGCGCCACACGCUACGGAUGAGAAGCGAACUGGGGGCACCGGAAAUCGAGCUUCUCAUUCGGCCGAGCAAAAAGGAGCGACAACCACGCCGGUCACGCCACCGAAGAUAUGAAGAGCCGUGGGAAGAAGCAGAAAAACCCUACCUCGACAUCGAGCCACCGCCCGGCGAAAGCGACUACCCGCUGCAGCUGCACCAAAAAGAGAGCAUAUUACAGAUUUUUGACGAGAUGAUU